AUGCUCAAUAAAGCUGUUUCAAGUUUGCCAAAGGCCAUCUCCUCAGGUGGUUUCAGGAGCACACUCUCAAAGAAUGAGGCCUCCAAACAAACAUUUGAGAUUAAAAAAUUUGUACCAUUUUUUAUAUGUAAAUCAGAUCCUAAAUUAAAUGUUAUCAUGCUGAUUUGGCUUCACACAGCUGCAAAACGCAACAAGAAUAUUCAGCUAUUCCACCUAAGAUUCAAAAACAAUAUCAGAGCUGGAACCAAAUACCAGGUUACUGGCUAGAGAGCCACCAACUCAAAUUUGCUUAGCCCCUCAGAUACCCUGCAAAAAGUCACUGUUACUGUCAUAAAUCGAAAACUUUGCAACAGCCAAAGUGACUAGAAUCACAACCCUGUGAUAACUAAAGAUAUAGUAUAUGCAGGAGACACUAAAGGCCAGAGGAUUCCUGCUGGGCCAGGUAAGUGUCUUGGGUCCAGGAUUCCUGGUGACCCCUUGGUCUGUAAAGGUAUCUUCUAUGCCACAGUCUCUGGAAGUCACAAAUGUGGUGAAGCUAAGAAACUUGGAGUCUACACUCUACUAACCAAGAAAUACUUGUCUUGGACCAAAAGUAAUCUUGCCUCAUUGCAUGCAAGUCAAGAGGACAAGUGA